AUGGCUGUCGUGGCCUUCUCAGCGAGACGUCAUCAAUAGUCUUUCUCUUGUAGUUGUCUGGAUCGGCUGGAGUUCAGUUACAGAGACACUCAUUAUAAAUUCAUUCUUUUACCAGCGGUCUGCUGAGAUAUACACUAUUUAACAAAAUGCCUGGACCCGCAGCUAGUGCAACAAAUGUUGGUGCCUCCAGCCGUUCCCCGAGUAAGACCGUGGCCCCCCGCACUGCCGGCACCUCAGCCAGACAGAGGAAAGCCCCUAGCAGUGGCGCACGCAGCGCAGGCAGAUCCACAGCAUCAGCUGGCACAGGAGGGAUGUGGCGCUUUUACACUGAGGACUCACCGGGACUUAAAGUUGGCCCAGUACCAGUUUUGGUAAUGAGUCUGCUCUUUAUCGCAUCUGUAUUCAUGCUGCACAUCUGGGGAAAGUACACACGCUCCUAAACCCGCAUGAACUCCGACCCUGAAGCCUGCCACCGAAUCUUAAGCCAUUGGACUUGGACCAAACUCUGACCAUCAACACCUUUUCUUUUAUUAAAACCUCCAUUUCAAGGGGUUUUCACCCCCAUUCAAGUUUACCCAGCCACUACAACCCCCCGCCCCCCCCACAAACACACACACCAGAUUAAGAUAUCUUUUUUUUUUUUUGUUAAACCUUUGUACAAACUUAAUAUGUAAAAUUGUACAAUAAAAUGCUGUAAAACAUU